UGACUUUGUGUUUCUCUACUCUAGUCUCUCUUUCUUCUACCUCCUCUACUAUUCUGAACACACACUCACUCCGCGCUUCUACCGAUAAACUCAUCCUUCCAAUUAAGUUGCAGGGUUAUGGAGAAUCUCGGCCUCGUUUCCUCUCCAAAAGUUGUCAUCGGCCUUUCCUCCAAACCCACCAGCUUAGUCUGCGGGACUCUUCCCAAUCUACUACGGAAAAACCGCCCACGCCUCAAUCCCACUCCUUCAUUUAGGGUUUUCUCUUCGCUCCACGCUCCCAACGCCACCAAAACUAUAGUUUCUGAGAAAGUUGCAAGGGACUGUUUUGCUAGCAUUGCUUCAGGUAGCCAGCAAACAUCCUCAGUUGGUGUAAAUCCGCAGGCUUCUGUGCCUCCAUCUUCUUCUCAAGUGGGAACACCUCUCUUUUGGAUUGGUGUGGGUGUUGGUCUCUCAGCACUUUUUUCAUGGGUGGCCGGUAGAGCAAAGAAAUAUGCAAUGGAACAAGCUUUCAAGACCCUUUCACAACAGAUGAAUGCACAAAAUAGUCCAUUCGGUAAUGCUGCUUAUUCACCUGGUUCAUCAUUCGCAUUUCCACCAACUGCAACACCACCUUCAGAUUCAUCUAGAACCCCAACACCUGUGGCAUCUCAACCUGUGACUGUUGAUGUACCUGUGACCAAUGUCAAGGAACCUCCAUCACCAGCUGUUGAAGAUAAAGUUGAACCAGAGAAAGAGUCAAGGAAAUAUGCUUUUGUAGAUGUAUCACCUGAGGAAACAUUGCAAAAGAAUGAUUUUGAGAACUUCAAGGAUUCAAUAAACUCAGAAUCAAUGAAUGGCUCCCAGUCUCCAGAGCAAUCGAACCAGGAAAAGUUUUUCCAAAGCAGCUCAAAUACCAAACAGGAAACAGGUGCUUCAGACGGUCCCUUCGCUAAUAAAACAAGCCCUCUCUUAUCAGUGGAAGCUCUGGAGAAAAUGAUGGAAGACCCAACAGUACAAAAAAUGGUUUAUCCUUACUUGCCAGAGGAGAUGAGGAAUCCUACCACCUUUAAAUGGAUGCUACAAAAUCCACAGUACCGUCAACAGCUUCAAGACAUGCUAAAUAACAUGGGGGGUAGCCCUGAGUGGGAUAGCCGCAUGAUGGAAUCAUUAAAGAAUUUUGACCUCAGCAGUCCAGAGAUCAAGCAGCAGUUUGAUCAAAUAGGUCUAACUCCUGAAGAAGUAAUUUCAAAAAUCAUGGCCAAUCCAGAGGUUGCUAUGGCUUUCCAAAAUCCAAGAGUUCAAGCUGCCAUCAUGGAUUGUUCCCAGAAUCCGAUGAGUAUCGCCAAGUAUCAAAAUGACAAGGAGGUCAUGGAUGUAUUCAACAAAAUAUCAGAACUCUUCCCAGGGGCAAGAGGUCCUUAGUUCUCUUUCCUUGUUUCAUUCUGUCGAUAACAGCAGCAGGCAUAUUAAGAAGCUUUGGUUAGACACACUUAAGGUAAAGGAGACGAAAUAAAAUGCUCUGAGUCAACAAUUUUCCUACCUGCCUUGUGCUAGAGCAUACCAUCAACUUUCAGACUUGAAUGUCGGCGGCUUUGGCGAAUCAACAAACAUUGAUGGUUUCUUCUUGCUUUGUGAGCGUGCGUGUGUGGUUAAAAUAAUAAUUAAAAAACAAAAAUAGUGAAUUGGGAGCUAGAUCACAUUUUGUUCAUAGCUUGUUUAGUUUGCCAGCUUUGAUGCAUAGAAUUAGAAGCCUAAUUUUGACAUUGUUUUUUUUUUUUUUUUGGGCUUUUCUUAAAAUUUUUUAUUUAUCAUUUUCUGGAUUUGAGGUUA